GCAAAAGUUAACCUACACACGAGUGGCUUUUGACAUUAGUGUCGUCACUGGGUAGAGUUUUGAUGCGAUCAAUAACAUUUUAAGAGUGUGUUCUCCCUCGCUUGUUAUGUGUACUACUUCAUACCGUCGUGCAGUAGCAACAAUAACAACAACAAUAAAAGUUAUAACGAAAUCGUUUAGUGCUGCAGCUCAUUGCUAGCAGCAAAGAUGUCUGGAGAGGAAUGCGAAUCAGGAAUGGAUUAUUCAGAGGACGAGUGUGGCUACGCGGAUUAUUACAAUGACGAGGAUGAUUGCGAAAUGGAGCAACCGGACCCGACGAAGCGAGAUCCAGAAUAUUUCAGCUACGAGUGCCUGAGUGUGGAAGAAGUGGAACGGCAUCUAAACGUCUCAGUUGAAGCAUUAAGUAACAGCUUGCAGAUAACCCCAUCAUUAGCUAAAGUGCUGUUGCAUACUAACCGGUGGUCAGUGCAGGACAUAGUGAAGAAAUUCGGUGACGAAUCUGUGAACCUCCUGGACCGCAAGUCGUCUGCGUCUUCUACAACGGGGGCGGUGGAUCAGGGACAGAUCCGCACAACCCUACAAGCCAUCCAGUGUCCAGUGUGCCUACUAACGCAGCCGCAUGAUAAAUUUAGCGCCCUUUCGUGCAGUCACAAGUUCUGUAAGGACUGUUGGUCGGUGCACUUUGAGGUGCAAAUACUGCAGGGAGUUUCGACAGGCAUUGGCUGCAUGGCGAAAGACUGUGACGUUCUCGCUCCAGAAGACUUCGUUCUGUCCCAGGUCUCACGGCCUGCCACCAGAGAGAGGUACCAGCAGUUCGCCUUCCGGGACUACGUCAAGUCGCACCCCGAGUUCCAGUUCUGCCCCGGGCUGAACUGCCGGGCGGUGGUGCGCGCCAAGGAGCCGCGCGCCAAGCGCGUGCAGUGCUCCAGCUGCGCGGCGGCCUUCUGCUUCCUGUGCGGCGGCGACUACCACGCGCCCACCGACUGCGCGACCAUCCGCCGCUGGCUCACCAAGUGCGCCGACGACAGCGAGACGGCCAACUACAUCAGCGCCCACACCAAGGACUGCCCGCGCUGCCACGUCUGCAUCGAGAAGAACGGCGGCUGCAACCACAUGCAGUGCUACAACUGCAAGCACGACUUCUGCUGGAUGUGCCUCGGCGACUGGAAGUCUCACGGCUCCGACUACUACGAGUGCUCGCGCUACAAGGAGAACCCGGACGCGGCGCAGGAGUCUGCGCUGACGCGCGCCCGCGAGGCGCUCAAGAAGUACCUGCACUACUACGAGCGCUGGGAGAACCACUCCAAGAGCCUCAAGCUGGAGGAGCAGACGCUGCGCAAGAUCCGCCGCCGCAUCGACGACAAGAUCAUGAACGCGGCGGGCACCUGGAUCGACUGGCAGUACCUGCUGGACGCGGCGGCACUGCUGGCCAAGUGCCGCUACACGCUGCAGUACACCUACCCGUACGCCUACUACAUGGAGGCGGGCCCGCGCAAGGCGCUCUUCGAGUACCAGCAGGCGCAGCUCGAGGCCGAGAUCGAGAACCUCUCCUGGAAGGUGGAGCGCGCCGAGACGACCGACCGCGGCGACCUCGAGAACCAGAUGGACAUCGCCGAGAAGCGGCGCACCACCCUGCUCAAGGACUUCCUGUAAGGCGCCGCCGUACCUGGGGGAUGAUCACGCGCUGUAGUGGACUGAGCUGCAGCGGUCUCAGGGAGAGAAGAUUUUAUAGAAGAAACACCACCCACCUGUCUUCACUCGUGGAAUAGUCUUAAUUACGGAGACGACGAUGACGACAGUGAAGAUAUUGUUGACAGUUUGCUGUGCUUCGUAUGGUGCCUGUGAGAGAUGGGAUGUGUGGGAAGCUCUGAAUGAGAUUGCUGUGGUACUGCAUAACAAAUACUUGUCACAAUGUUGACAGGGGUAGCAGUCUUUUGCUACUAAAGAAGAUAAGUUUCCCAUAAUCAUUUUUUUUUUGGCAGCUGGAAGAUAAGAGUGUCUUACCAAAGAAUGUCCACUUGUUAGAGCACCGGCAGAUUCACUCGCUGUGCACCUACGGAAUGCAUCCUCGGUUUUCAGCCAGUUUCUUUUGCUGUGUUACUUUUAGUAAGGAUCUCGUCAGACGCAGUGUAGUUUCUGUUACAGUUUUGUAUUUUGUUUGCUUAACUAUAAAACCUGAAAAACGUACAUAAUGUGCUUAUUAGACUGUUUAAUUGCCCGAUUACUAUACUUGCU